AUGGUUGGAAAAGUCAGCGAAAGAGUCCUCCUGCGGGAAGGUCUUGAGAGGACUGACAAUGGCAUGAAGCUGACGACAUGGCCUGAUGUCACCCCGAUUAAUCAGAAAAACUACUACACUGAUUACAUGAAGCGCGAUGACCAAAUCCUCGCCCUCCGCCUCCAGAGCGAUGCCACCCGAGAUCGACUAGUACAAAGUGCUCGAGACCGAGAUCGCGCUCUAUCCAAGACUGCCAAUGGGGAGUUACCACUUCCUGUCGCAGAUCUCCCUGACGAAGAUGGUGCUACAACACCUUCGGCUGGCCUGGAUCCCUCAAGGGUCAUUGUGAUCCACCCCGGCAGUCAAAAUCUUCGAAUAGGCUUUGCGAGCGAUGCCCUCCCAAAGACAAUUCCGAUGACACUAGCGACCAAGUUUCCCCAGACCGAAUCCGAGAUGUACGAGGCCCUACCACGACGACAGUUCGAGGCCAAGACCCCCGACCAACAGUACGGAGAAGAGUGGUCAAAGAAAUAUAACAAGAUGUGCAAUGACCUCAAGGUUGAAAUGCGAGCCAACAAGCGCAAAGUCCUGCCCAACUCGAAGGAACUUGUUCAGACUUUCAACCGUCGUACCGAACCCGAAGUUAUCCAGAAGCACAACGACCCUCUUGAGAUCGAAUGGACUGAUAUCGAAACACUUGAUGACCCCAAGUCAUUAGCUUCGUGCUUUAUUGGACACCAAGCGGAGCGUGUUCCCGACGACUCGAAUCCCAAAUUCAAGCUUUGGUGGCCUAUACAGCAUGGACAGUGGAACGAAGAUGGAUAUACAAGUCAGGAGCAUAUGUAUGAUGAUUUCGAAACAUUGCUCGACAAGGCAUUGAGGCAAGAGCUUGGAUUGAAGACAAACAGCGAAUGGCAACAGUACAGCUGCGUGUUUGUCAUUCCCGACUUAUACGACAAGAAAUACGUGGAGCAAAUCCUGCGAUCGUGCAUGACCUGGUUCGAAUUCUCUAGGGUGUGUUUCGUCCAGGAAGGAAUGGCUGCGACUUUUGGUGCCGGAUACACACAAGCCUGUGUUGUCGAUGUGGGAGCUCAGAAGACAGCCGUGACCUGUGUGGAAGACGGUCUUGUCAUCGAGGAUUCAAGGAUCAACCUGAAAUAUGGAGGCUACGAUAUCACCGAUACAUUCCUGAAAAUGAUGCUUUACGACAACUUUCCUUAUCAGGACAUGAACCUGCGACGACGAUACGAUUUCCUUCUUGCUGAAGAGCUGAAGAUUAAGCACUGCACCAUGUCACAAGCAGAUAUUUCUGUCCAACUCUUCAACUUCCAUGUCCGGGCACCUAACCAACCAACGCGGAAAUACGCUUUCAAGACAUAUGAUGAGGUCAUUCUUGCCCCGAUGGGAGUGUACGACCCAGCCAUCUUCGACAACAGCGCCAAGUUAAGGGGACGGCGUAAGCUGGUCGAGAGAUCUUACAACGCCUACGACGUUGAUAUUCCAGACGAUCCCACAUCUGCCGCCCAAUUAGCGAUUCUAGCACUCGUCCAGCCGUCGAUAACAUCCAACGCCAAUGGCUUUACACUGUCACAGCCCGAUAUCUCAACACCUAUCAAAGAGAACAAACAAUUCAACUUCCUCGGAGCAAAGGAGGGUAUGACCAACGGAACUCCCAUGGGUUCUCAUGCCGGAUCUCCUGCACCGGAGGGCGCCAACACGCCGCUUCCAUAUGUCUUCGGCAAGGACAGGGAGGGUGUGAACGGAGGUAGCCCAGCGCCCAACGGUUCUCGUGCUGGUGGAACUCCUAAUCCCGGACAAACACAGCCGCCAGCAGGCAUGUUUGUCGAUGCUGCUGCUCGAACCGCCAAAUCCAUGGCCGCUGAGCGAGACGCCGUGCUACCGGUCGCUCCUCUCGACAUUGCCAUUCUCACAAGUAUUCAGAACGCCGCUAAGGGCGAUGAGAAGAAGCUGCGAGACUUACUUGGAAGUAUCAUGGUUAUUGGAGGUGGCGCUAAGAUUCCUCACUUUACGGUUGUCCUGGAGGAGAAGAUCAAGGCCCGACGACCCGAACUGAGCGAUCGAAUCCUCGUGAGUCGAAGCGCGAGAGAUAUGGACGAACAAGUGGUCACCUGGAAAGGUGCCAGUGUGUUUGCUAAGCUGUCGACCAACGACUCAUGGAUUACACCUUUCGAAUUUGAGAGGCUAGGUGCCAGGACUCUUCACCACAAGGUGCUCUGGGCUUGUCGUAGACAGAAGCUUAUAGGUUGGGGUGAAAAGCCGCUCGAUAUAUGUAGCCCAGCUCUGGCAUCCAUUUCAUCACAUCCAUCGAUCGCGCUUAGCACCACUACGUCAACAUUUCGCGUGCCCAAAUACCAGUUUAUUUUGUGUCUGCAAUGUGAUAUCCCUCCUCUUUCUGAACAACAAUCGUUCCGAAAGAACCCCGCCAUGUUGCGAUAUCUACCAUUUGCGCCGUCGACGACGCCUCUACAGGCAUUGACGUACCUUCUCGGCAUAUCGCUCUUCUCGAUCUCCUUUCUUGUCUUUUUGAACAGCUCUGUUUCUUUUGUUAUUACCGACUUGAUUGGGCAGAAGGAGGGCGUUGGUGAUGUCGUGGGAACCCUUGGCUUCGUCGAUGAGCUUGUUGCACUUGUCGCUUGUCCAGGAUGGGGUCUUGUGUCGGAUCGUCUGGGUGUUAGAUGGGUUGCUGUUAUUGGAUACGCGAUAAUUGGUGUAUCGCUGGCUCUGUUUGUGCAGGCGAAGACUGUAUAUCCGCAAUUGUUGCUGGCUCGCGUGUUAUUCGCAAUCGGCGCAUCUGCAGCGGCUACAAUGGUAACUGCGAUACUACCAUCUUUGACGGACGAUAGCAACGACGAGGAGGAUGAAGCCCAAGCUAGAAUCAAGGCUCUUCAGCAUGCGACAGCCCGAAGCAGCAUUGCAUUCUCUGUAGAAUCCGAAGCGACAAUCACCCAAGAACGAUACACACAGUCGAUUUCUGAGCCGAGCACAACAGAUACUGCCGAUACUGCGGCAGGAAGACCAUCCAAGCUAGCAGGAUUCGUUGGACUGUUUACUGGAUGCGGUGCGCUUGUCGCACUGACGCUGUUCCUCCCACUCCCGGCGCGAUUUGGCGAGAAUAAGGAUACUACACCCGCUGAAGCGGUCUCUUAUAGCUUCUAUAUUGUUGCGCUUGUCGCAUUGGCCGUGUCUAUCUUUGUUGCGAUCGGUCUGCGCAACAUCAAAGGUGAGGAGGGCAAGGGUUGGAGGACGCUCUUUGGUCUGAAGAACGAGGACGAAUCAAGCGAUGGAAACGGUCGUGAGCGACGUAAGCUUGCGCCCUAUCUCCAUCUCAUGAAAGACUCAGUCUUCCUUGGCUUCGUUGAUUCACGAAUCGGACUUGGCUAUGUUGGCGGCUUCGUUGCUCGAGCUUCAAGCGUUGCUAUCUCACUCUUCAUCCCUCUGUAUGUCAACACGUUUUACAUCAGCAACGGUUUCUGCAAAGGCUCACCACACGAUUCGUCACCCGAGCUCAAGGAGGAGUGUAGAGCUGCAUAUGUCCUGUCUUCCAUCCUUACUGGUGUGGCGCAACUGAUGGGCCUCAUCUGCGCUCCUAUCUUCGGAUACCUUGCUAGUCGAACUGGUCGUAUCAACUAUCCUAUCGUCGUCUCAACCGUCUUUGGUAUUGCAGGCUACAUCGCCCUUCCGCAACUCUCCAGUCCUGAAAUCAAGGACGUAGACGGCCGAGGCGGUAGCCCAGCAAUCUUUUUUAUUGUAUCGCUCCUCGGUAUCAGCCAGAUCGGCGCUAUCGUUUGCAGCCUUGGUUCUCUUGGCCGUGGAAUUCUCGCAGUUGAGCUGCCUCGAACCGCCCGUCCUGAAAGCCUGCUCCAGCCAGAAGAGUAUGAAUCAGCCAACGAUGAGAGCCGGCCUCUCAUCAGCAUCACAACAGACCAAGAGUCAGUCUCUCGUAUUCGCCUCAAGGGCUCUAUUGCAGGCGUGUAUUCAUUGUAUGGUGGCUUUGCCAUCUUGCUACUUACUAAGCUGGGGGGCUCUCUCUUUGACAAACUCUCCAACGGGGCGCCUUUCUACAUGAUGGCCAUUUUUAACGCUGUUUUGCUGGCAUUCUCUCUUGGAAUGGAUGCUUCGCACACAUUUUCACAUCGGGUGUAA